AUGAGCAAUAAAAGCAAGAAACAGAAAGUCCUCCCGGACGAAGGCGUAAACUUUGCUCUGAAGAAACUGAAAGAUGGACAGAAAGGCCGAGACGGUUCCGUGGAAAAUGUUUUGAAAAAAGUACAAAAGUUGGAAGCGAUUGUCAAGUCGCGGCCGAGUCGGAGGAAGACUCUGAAAGAUUUGAACAUGGAGGAUUUAUACAGAGAAGUUUUGGAUAGGCCAGAGACGGAAAUUGCGGCCGCGAUUGAGCAAUUGAUGUUAGCGGUGGCGAAAUCGAUUAUGGAUGGGAACGGGUUCGCCUAUCAACUCCCUUCGAGAGGCCAAAACGACCAGGUAUACAUCGACCAGUUGAAUAGAAUCGUUUUGAAGAAUAAGAGCACAUCCGCGGCAUUUACGAACAUGAGUUCAGUCAGGAAGGUGACAAUUUUGACGCGAGUUAUGCAGUUAGUCCACGGAGUGUUGAGUAAAGGCAUCCACGUGACGAAGAGAGACUUGUUUUAUACGGACGUGAAGUUGUUCAAAGACCAGAAAGAUUCGGAUGCGGUCUUAGACGACAUUUCGUGUUUGUUAGGGUGCACGAGAAAUUCUUUGCACGUGGUGGCGUCGGAGAAAGGCGUGGUAGUUGGGAGAUUGAGGUAUAAAGAGGACGGCGACGAUAUUGAUUGCACGAAAAUGGGCGUCGGCGGUAAAGCGAUUCCGUCCAACGUCGAUAAAGUGACGGAGUUACGAACGGACGCGAAGUUUGUUUUGUUGGUGGAGAAAGAUGCCGCGUUCAUGCGAUUGGCCGAGGAUAGGUUUUACAACAAGUAUCCGUGCAUUAUAAUUACGGCGAAAGGUCAACCGGACGUGGCAACGCGUUUGUUUCUUUCCAAAGUGAAGAGAGAAUUGAAGUUGCCGGUGUUGGCGUUGGUGGACGCGGAUCCGUACGGAUUGAAAAUCAUUUCUGUAUACAUGCAAGGUUCUAAGAACAUGGCGUUUGACUCUGCGAAUUUAACCACUCCGGAUAUUAAGUGGUUGGGCGUUCGUCCGAGCGAUUUAGAUAAGUUUAAAAUCCCCGAGCAGUGUCGAUUGGAAAUGACCGCGAAGGAUAUCGAAACGGGCAAUCACAUGCUGAAAGAAGAUUUCAUCCAACAGAACCCGGACUGGGUGAAAGAGGUUGAAAUUAUGUUGAAAACGAAAACCAAGGCGGAAAUUCAGGCGCUGAGUAGUUACGGGUUUCAGUAUUUAUCCGAGGUCUAUUUGCCGUUGAAGUUACAAGAAGGCGAUUGGAUUUAA